AUGCUAUCCAAACUGCAUUGGCAGAAAAGGUCGAAUCGCAAAUCCCAGCAGUCCUUUGAAGGUCACAGCCUGUCGCCGCAGGCUUCGCCCGAACUACAACCCGAAGCAGUGCCUGCGAUACCACCUUCUCGUCGGCCCAAGUUCUUGUCGAGAGUACGCAGCCAACGCUUCUCUACCGCCGUGCCAGCAGAGAUAUCUCAUCAGGAAGCGUCGAGCAACCCGGUGCCCAAGCGACAUUCUUAUUACCAGCCUGCCCAGCCAUCAUUGUACGACACGACCGAGGCACAGCAUCCGGUAUGA